CUCUUUUAACAUGAAUUUUGAGCCUAGCCGACAAAUAUGAGUCCCCACCCAUUCCACCAAACAUGUUUAUCUUGUCUUUCAGAACAAAUGAAACAACACCACCAGCCUAAGCCUGAACAGAUCCGAGCUUUCUAUUUUGGCUAAACCAAGACUAUAGCUUGUUCCAUACUGUUGGUGGGUCUGUUUGUUUCCAAAGAUAACUUCACUGCAUUUUCUCUGUUUGCUUUUUUCCAAUGGAUGUUUUCUAGCUUCUUUUCUUUUGGAGUUAACAUAAUAGUUAAUACAGUAAGGUGGAAGUGAGUGAGGCCCUUACAAUCGAUUUACAGAAUGGAACUGUGCUUCGGUUGGUUCUUACUUGUGGCUUCGAUUCCUGCAAUUUUUGCUCAAGAUAUUAGUCAUGGAUCGAUUGUAGUUGAUGGAACUAUGACUGUUGCUCAAACUGAUGAUAACUUCGUCUGUGCUACGAUCGACUGGUGGCCUCAUGAUAAGUGUAAUUACGACCAGUGUCCAUGGCACUAUACAUCUGUAAUGAAUCUGAACUUGUCUCAUCCUUUCCUUGCCAAAGCUAUCCAAGCUUUCAACCGUUUGAGGAUAAGAGUUGGAGGCUCUUUGCAAGAUCAAGUGUUGUAUGAUGUUGGGAAUUUAAAGUCCCCUUGUCAUCCAUUCCAAAAGAUGAAAGACGGAUUGUUUGGAUUUUCAAAGGGAUGCUUACACAUGGAGAGGUGGGAUGAACUGAACCGUUUCUUCAAAGAAACCAGUGCAAUGGUGACAUUCGGCCUGAAUGCUCUCCAUGGGAGACAUAAAAUAAAGAGGAGCCUUUGGGGAGGGGAUUGGGACUCUAGCAAUGCGCAAGAUUUUAUGAAGUACACCAUUUCAAAAGGAUACCAGAUAGAUUCAUGGGAAUUCGGUAAUGAGUUGAGCGGAAAUGGUAUUGGUGCACAUGUUCAUGCCGACCAGUAUGGAAAAGACUUGGUCAACCUAAGGAAAAUCAUAAAUGAGUUAUACAAAGGUUCGCAAUCUAAACCAUCACUCAUAGCUCCUGGAGGAUUCUAUGACGAAGAGUGGUUUGUCAAGCUUCUUCAGACCUCGGGCUUUGGUGUAAUCGAUGUCAUGAGCCAUCAUAUGUACAAUUUGGGUGCAGGUGUUGAUCCGAAACUUGUUAGUAAAAUAUUGAAUCCGGACCACUUAAAUAAGGCAGCAUACACAUUCGGUAAUCUCACACACAUCAUCCGGAGGCACGGUCCUUGGACUUCUGCAUGGGUUGGAGAGUCUGGUGGGGCUUAUAACAGCGGUGGUGCUCAUGUGUCCAAUACAUUCAUCAACAGCUUCUGGUAUUUAGAUCAGCUCGGAAUGGCAUCAAAAUACCAUACUAAAGUAUAUUGUAGGCAAACACUAAUUGGUGGCAACUAUGGUCUUCUCAAUGCGACAACAUUUGUUCCGAACCCUGAUUAUUACAGUGGACUUCUAUGGCAUCGGUUAAUGGGUAAAGUGGUUCUAAAUGUCGAAAGCCAUGCUUCGCCCUUUCUUCGAUCUUAUGCCCAUUGUUCGAAAGGAAGAGCUGGUGUAACUUUACUCGUGAUCAACUUGAGCAAUCAGACGAAUUUCAUAAUGAACGCUCAAAACAGCAUCAAUCUGAAGUUGGCUGCCAUUGAACAAAACAUUAGCAGGGACAGCUUCACACAUAAUCUUAAGAAAACAUUCUCCUGGGUCGGAACCAAAGCUUCUGACGAUGCUCUACUCCGGGAAGAGUAUCAUUUAACACCAAAAGACGGAUACCUUAGAAGUCAAACUAUGGUUCUAAAUGGCAUUCCUUUAGAACUUACACGCACCGGAGACAUCCCAUCACUAAACCCCGUCCGUGUUAACGUGAAGUCUCCGAUAACCAUCUCGCCUUUGUCAAUUGCAUUCAUAGUAUUCCCCAACUUCGAAGCUCCAGCUUGCAGGUAAUUUUCCUUUUUAUUUAUUUAUAAAAUAUCUUACUCUAACAUUAAUGUCCGACACAUAUUCAAGUAUGAAUAUGAGGUAUGAUCACUAAAUGUAUGAACAUACCUAUGUCGGACAUGUAUUAGUAUUCAAUAUCGCCCAGACUCCGGCUUAGCAAUAAUGGAGGGUUGAUUUUUUUUUUUUUUCACAAGAAGGGUUGAAUGUGAUAAUAGCAGAAUUAUUAGUUUUCUCAGCAAUUGUAAUUAUCACUAGUUUCUGCAAUGAUGUUGUCGAUAAUAAGCACAACUGUAUAAAUAAUUGUUUUGUACUGUAUUAUACUGUAAAAUUAUAUUAUAUGAAAUUGUAUGAUGUUUUUACCUUA